AGAGACAAAUGUUUCAGAGAAAAGGAAGUUCAUUUGAUACACUUACGCUCUCUUGAAGAAGAACUGGAUAUGCAAGUUGCCCGGGUAGAGCAGCAGGUUCGAGAAGAAGCUCGAACAAAAUAUGAAGCGGAGAAACGAGCUCUUCAGGAACGGAUGGAGACUGAGAUCGCCGAACUUCAGACACAUCUUCGACUGUUUCAAAAAGUCAACAAAGCACUAAGCCGGAAGAGUGGAGAAAAUCAACCAGAUGAACGGCAUGAAGCAGCAAUGGAGAACCGUCAAUUGCGACAGAUGCAAGAAGAGACUGUCUCCGAAUACCGGCAACAAAAUGACUUAGUUCAUAGACAACUCGAUCUGUUGCAUGAAGCAAACAGCAGAAUGCAAGACACAAAUGACAGUUUGCUAAGUGUUCUUGAACUUCCGGAAACACGUUCACCACGACCAGCUUCACCCUGCUGUUGCAGU